AGAGCCAUGGCGGAGGCGAUGGAUUUGGGCAAAGACCCCAAUGGACCCACUCACUCCUCGACUCUGUUCGUGAGGGAGGAUGGCAGCUCCAUGUCCUUCUACGUGCGUCCCAGCCCGGCAAAGCGCCGGCUCUCGACGCUCAUCCUGCACGGCGGCGGCACUCUGUGUCGUCAGGAGCCCGGGGCCGUGCUGUUGGCCCAGCCCGGGGAGGCGGCGGCCGAGGCCUCGGGCGACUUCAUCUCCACGCAGUACAUUCUGGACUGCGUGGAGCGCAACGAGAAGCUCGAGCUGGAGGCCUACCGUCUGGGCCCGGCUCCGGCGGCCGACCAGGCCCCAGAGACGAAGCCCGGGGUCCAGGCCCGGGGCGCCGCCGCGGCGGCGGAGCCUGAGCCGCAGUCGCCAGCGGGGCAGAUGGUCUUCACGGACGCGGACGACGUGGCCAUCUUAACCUACGUGAAGGAACAUGCCCGCUCGGCCAGCUCCGUCACCGGUAAUGCCUUGUGGAAAGCGAUGGAGAAAAGCUCGCUCACCCAGCACUCCUGGCAGUCCAUGAAGGACCGCUACCUGAAGCGCCUGCGGGGCCAGGGGCACAAGUACCCGGGGGAGGCCCCCGUGAGCCCCUCCUCGCAGAAACUCAAGAGGAAGGCUGAGCAAGACCCGGAGGCUGCUGAUAGCGGGGAACCACAGAAUAAGAGAACUCCAGACUUGCCUGAAGAAGAAUUUGAAAAAGAAGAGAUGAAGGAGAAUGAAGCAGCAGUCAAAAAGAUGCUUGUAGAAGCUUCCCGAGAGUUUGAGGAGAUUGUGGUGGACGAGAGUCCUGAUUUUGAAAUACACAUAACAAUGUGUGAUGAUGAUCCACCCACGCCUGAGGAAGACUCAGAAACACAGCCUGAUGAGGAAGAAGAAGAAGAAGAAGAAGAAGAAGAAGAAGAAAAAGUCUCUGCACCAGAGGUGGGAGCUGCCAUUAAGAUCAUCCGGCAGUUGAUGGAAAAGUUUAACUUGGAUCUAUCAACAGUUACACAGGCCUUCCUAAAAAAUAGUGGUGAGCUGGAGGCUACUUCCUCCUUUUUAGAGUCUGGUCAGAGGGCUGAUGGGUAUCCCAUUUGGUCCCGACAGGAUGACUUAGAUUUGCAAAAAGAUGAUGAGGCUACUCGAGAUGCAUUGGUCAAAAAAUUUGGUGCUCAGAAUGUAGCUCGGAGGAUUGAAUUCCGAAAGAAAUAAUUGGCAAGAUAAUGGAAAAAAAAGUUGGGCAGAUAAGACAUUAAGUUUUUUUUGUGUGA